UGACCUGCUCGGCUUGCCGUAGAGUUGUAAUGGUAUCCUAGCAACCUAAACAGAAGUCCAGACCGAAGGCAAGUGGUUUAAACGGGCAAUUAACCGCUUUUGGGCAUUUUAAAAAUACUUAAUAAACUCACCAGCUAUAUUUAAUGUUAAUUAUAACCCCACUCUUACUAAUGUAAAGCCAAUUACGGCAUAAAGUUAGACUUUAGUCGACAGGACUGACGGAAAGUAUCGUAACUUCAUUAGCUAAAGGCUCCUGGUGCUUGUCUAGCACGCGGAAGAAGAUGGACCAAACUUCAUAUCAUCGCAUAUAUGUGGAAAAAACUCUGGCCCUUAUUAAACCAGAUGCCAUCCACACAGCUGAGGAGAUAGAGGACAUUAUCCUGAAAUCCGGCUUCAUGAUCCUGCAGAAGCGGAAGCUGCAGCUCAGUCCAGAGCAAUGCAGUGACUUCUAUGCAGACCAGUAUGGAAAGCUCUUCUUCCCCAGCCUGACUGCUUUCAUGAGCUCUGGCCCCAUCGUCGCUAUGACUCUGGCCCGUGACAACGCCAUCGCCCACUGGAAGUCCCUCAUGGGGCCUGCCAACAGCACCAAGGCCAGAGAAACUCAUCCGGGGUGCCUUAGAGCAAAAUAUGGCGUUUCCGACCUUAAAAACGCACUCCAUGGCAGCGAGUCAUUCCAUGCAGCUGAAAGGGAGAUCAAAUUCAUGUUCCCAAACUCUGUAAUCGAGCCCUUUCCCUCAAGAGAAGCCACCCAAGAAUACCUGAGCAGGUAUGUCAACCCAACUCUGCUACGUGGACUCACCGCGCUCUGCAAGCACAAGCCUCACAACCCCUGUAUUUGGCUGGCUGACUGGCUGAUCAAUAACGAUCCAAAUAAGCCUCAGAUAUGCGAUGUCGAAGACGCAGAAUGAUAACAGGGAAAUAGGGGGAGAAAAACAUAAUCUGACAAUGUUCAUGUUUAAACAAAUGCAUCUGUACAGUACUAUGAUGUAAUAAAAUGUCCU